UUCCCGAGAAGGGGUAAAGUGAGAGCUGCUAUAUAAAGGAGAUUCCUUACACUUCUGAGAUCACAGUUUGGUGUAAUCACAAUAACCGCUCGCCUUUAAUAUACUCAUUACAUUUGUAAUUUGCCGAACUCCGACUGAACCACGAUGAAGCUUCUGGCUCUGGCAAUGUUAUUGGCUGUCGCGUCGGCGAGACCACAGCGUGAGGCUUAUUCCGAGGACACUCGAAGCAGAGAACAGAUCGUUGAUGACAGGCGAAUUACCUCGACGCAGAUCCCCAUCAUCCAAUGGAACAAGCAACAGGAUGUCGACGGCACCUACAAGACCAACUACGAGACUGGAAACAACAUCAUCGCCGAGGAAAGCGGAUACAUCAAGACGCUCCAAGGAAACGACGGUGAGUCAGUUCCAUCUCUGGUCCAGGAAGGUCAGUACUCGUACCAAUCUCCCGACGGUACCGUGAUUACCACCCGUUACAUCGCGAAUGAGAAUGGAUUCCAAGUUUUCGGUGAUCACCUCCCCACCCCACCCCCAGUCAGCGAGGAGAUCCAGAAGGGCCUGGAACUCAUCUACGAAGGAAUCCGUCAGCAGGAGGAGGAAGACAAGCGUAAAGCCUCUUCAUCACCGGGACAGCAGUCUUUGGUUCAACCCACUGAGAGAAGAGACGAGAAGGACAGAAUCUACCAGCGGCAGUAAUCCUCAUCGCCUGUAAUCCUUCCUAUCCUUUGCACCUUCCUUAGCCUUCCUCUUGUCCCUUUUAUCGUGCACUAAAUCCCUAGAAGCAUAUAACAUAUUCGACGUUGUUGCACUAUUUUUCGAGGAUAUAAGAAUAUUGAUUUUCUUACAGUUAUCCGAAUAAAUAUACUUGUAUGAAUAGGAGUGAUUCAAUAUGUUGUAUGCAUCCAAGUUAUCCCUGAUAAUAAA